UUCAAUUUGAACUAUGGACACUAAGGAAGCCCCACAGAGGUAUCAGGCAGAUUCAAGUCAAAUCUCUGAAGAAGAUAAAGAAAAUAAAGUCAAGCUUAAUUACAGUUACGUUGAAGUCAGCCCUGAGAGAAACCACAACUCCUCACCAGCCAUUGAGAGGAUCAGAAAUAUACAGAAUGUCGAGAGAAGGAACUGGAAAGGAAUUUACCCACCAACAGUGGGACAUCCCUUACAGAAGUAAUGAGAGUACACUGGAAACUGUCCUAAGUCAGCUCUCGAAGAGUCAAAGUAAAGCAGACCAGGAGGUCUCUACUGUGGUUAGCAGUAAGAAUGAGAUCGUUCCAAGGCUCAGCGGGAAUAAGAAAGAAAUUAGGGAUAUGGUUAUUCUUACAGCAUUACUUAAGGUUUUGAAAAUGAAAAAUUUCAAAAAUUCAGGGUGCAAGAACAAAAGAUCUGAGAGUCGUAAUAAGGACUCAAAAACAAGAGAAAAGACUACUAUUAGAAAGCACCACGAGACAGAGUCAAAUAGUGACAAAUCCAAGAAAUAAGUAUCACAAGAAGAGACCUUCCACGAGCUCGGUCUGUAAGCGGGACUCCAAUGUACUCCCAGAUGAGAACAACAUAAUUAAAAACAAAAUGAGGAAGUACGGGUAUUACUUCGAACAAGAAACUGAAGAUAAGGGAUAUGAGGUGAUCAAAUUUAAGUGUAUCAAAGAAUCUGAAAUGGUUAAAAAGUCUGAGUACAACAAUGGCAUGUACUCCAAAUUCAACCUGUUACUUUUUAAACUUCUCAAGUGAGAUAUCAAGCUGAUUAGGUCAAUUUUUCUGAAUAAUGGAUUCAGUGCGACUGAUUCUCAUGAUUGGAACUGCCUGUGGAUUAACUCAAGUGGAAAGAGUUACCUGUAUGAGAACCUUAACAGAUAUCAGAAGAUUAAUCACUUCCCUCACAGUUAUGAAUUGACUAGAAAGGAUCGGUUAGCUUACAAUAUCGGAAAGAUGCAGAUGAGAUUCGGAGAGAUUGAUUUUGAUAUAUCUCCUGAGACAUAUGUCCUACCUGAUCAAUUUGAUGACUUCUAUGAACAGUACAAGUUGUUAAAAUAAAGAAGUACCUGAGCGAAACAUGUGGAUCAUCAAGCCAGCUGCAGGCGCAAGAGGAAAGGGCAUCUAUAUCACAGAUGAUAUUGAUGACAUAAAUGAAGAUAGUUCAAAUGUAGUAUCAAGAUAUAUCACGAACCCUCUCUUGAUUAACGGGUUUAAAUUUGAUCUCAGAAUCUACGUCUGAGUCACUAGUUACGAACCACUCCGGGUUUACGUCUACAAAGAAGGUCUUGUAAGAUUUGCCUCUGAGCAGUAUGAGGACUAUAAUGAGAAAAAUAUCCAGGGUUCUUGUGAAGACGAAGAAGAAAAUUAUUACACAUCUAAUAAAGAUAGCAAGCAAAGAAGGAAAAAGAGAUAUGCUCAUCUCACUAAUUACAGUAUAAACAAGAAAAACCCUAACUUUGUCAAGAAUGAGUCUUCAGAGCAAGAUGAUGUAGGAGGCAAAUGGAGUCUUUCCUCUCUGUGCAAACAUAUGGAAAGAAUCGGAAUAGAUAUGGAUUUACUAUGGUCGAGAAUGUAUGAUAUUAUUCUCAAAGUUAUCAUCACAGGAGAAUAUCCUAUCACAAAGAAGCUAAAAACUUCGAAUAUUGAUCAAAGGAAUUGAUUUGAACUCUAUGGGUUUGAUAUUAUUCUUGACUCUGAACUAAAACCUUGGCUCCUUGAAGUGAAUCUAUCUCCAUCACUUGGGACUGAUUCUCCAUUAGAUUUCCAUAUAAAAUCAACUCUACUCACAGAUACUUUCAAUCUUGUCGGAAUCAAAAAGUUUGAUCGUAAGAAAGAGAGCUUAUCAAAGAUGGCUAGCAGGGUCCGUAAUAUUGCUGAAGAAAAGAAGACCAAAAACAUCCUUGAGCGCUACAACAAGUUGUUAGAGAAAACUGGUGGAAAGCCCAAAUCCAAAAAGUCUAAAAGCAUUAACAACAAGGCUGGUGAUAACAACCUCGUCACUAAUGCUUAUGACAAUGAAUUAUUUUACUCCAACCUCAGUUCACACUUAGCGAAGAAGGAUAUUAAGGAGAAAUAAUUGCUAUCAUUCGCUUAGUGAAAAAUGCCAUGAAAUCCUGUCAAAAAUGGCAAUGACUAAAUAUAAAAGUGAGAUCCUCGAGACACUUGAGGAAAGAUGUCGUAUUGGGAACUACGUCUGUAUCUACCCUUCAGAAGGAAGUAAUAUAUAUGAUUACUUCUUCAUUAACUCUAAGCCAGUCAACUCAGCUAUUUAUGAGUUCUUGUAUUCCUCGAGUACUGGGUUCCUUAAGGAUCUCAAAGAAGAUGUCAUCCUUGAGGUAUCAAAAAGACUCAACUUUGGAGAAGUGCAGUUUACUAAAUAUUACGAGGAAGAUAUCCACACUAAGAAAGGUAGCUCACCUAAGAAACUUAACACUCCUUUGAUUCUAGAAUUAAUGAUAGAGUACCUUAGCAGGUUAGCCAUCUGCAUCAAGGAUUUGGAAGGAAAGGUCUUAAAAUCAGCACUAAAGGAGAACAUAAAUUCAUUUGUCUCACACAAAGCUUGGUCUAAGAAACUAGUUACAACCAUCAGCUCUAUAUCAAUGAGAAACAACGAGUUAGCUGCCAAGCUGAUUGAAAGGAUUGAGGAUAGCAUAUUUGAUACAUUCCAUUUCUCAGAAUUUAAGAACAAAAAUUCUGAAAAUAAAUCAUUUAACACAUUUGAUUAUUCCAAAGGUAUAGCUCGGAAGAUCAAGAAGGCAAUGCUAAAAAGGACCUAUCCCAUCUUCAUGAAGAGCAAUAUUAGCGAUAAGGAACUUGAGUAUAAGAUCUCAACAGAGAAAUUACAUGGAACUAUCUACACUCAAGAUAUGACGAGGCUUCUGAUUUCAGAGCCUGGAUCAGGUGUUUUAGUCAAGCUUAAAAAGAUGCUGAUACAUUCUCAAGCACAGUCGAGGGAUAAUUCAAGGAUUGAUGAAAGGAACCCUACACGGACUACUCAAACCUCUGGAAUUAUCCAAGAUAACUUGAUUCUUGAACAAAGUUGUAGCAUGCCAAAUAGCACUAAAAGGUUUAAAAGCAGUAGAAGAAUAGAAAGUUCCUCAAACCUUACUAGGGAGACAAAAUUUCCCAUAAUAGUAGCCCAGAAAAACAAGAAAAUGGAUAUGUCAAACUACAUUACCUACACUGACAAAUUCAAGAGCAAGGGAAAGCCAAAGGUAUUAAGAGAGGGCAAGAAGCCUCCAAAGCCCAAAGAUGUACGGAAGAAAAAGAAGAGAGGGCUUUCCUCUCACUACAUAGAGACUCUUUACAACCCAAGAGGAGGGAAUACCUUCUUACAGUAAAGAAUGGUAAUUUGGUUGCUGGAGCGCAGAUGUAGUUGGGUAUUU